AUGGCGCAAAACGCUAGUGAGAAACCAUAUUCCCUUACGUUAGCAUUCUACAAUGCUAACGGACUCGCGCGGCAACGCGAUCAAAUUUACGAAUUCCUCCGCGACAAUCUUGUAGAUAUUCUGCUAGUGCAGGAAACCUGCCUGAAGCCCUCGCGUCGUGACCCGAAAAUCGCGAAUUACGUCAUGGUUAGGAAUGACAGACUCACCGCCUCCAAAGUUACAAUCGUUUUAGUUAACCUAUGUCAUGUUUUGUUUGUACUGUUAUUUCUGUUCGCAGGAGGAGUGUGGUCGUUAAAAGACCUCACGAUCUCCGUGCCCAGAGCGGUCCUCUCCGGUGAUGGUCAGUCUGCUGUAUUAAGGUGUUCCUAUGACUUAGAGGGUGCAGCAUUGUACUCUAUUAAGUGGUACAGAGCGGAAACAGAAUUCUACAGAUUCGUGCCAAGGGAAAUGCCUCCUACUAUGGUAUUUCCGCUACCUGGUGCUUCAGUUGAUCUAACGCAAUCGGAUCACCAGCAAGUGAGGAUAGUGAAUAUGAACAGGCACCUCAGCGGAGAUUAUCAGUGUGAAGUAUCAGCAGACGCACCCCUCUUUCAUACUGAUAUAGAGUCGGCGCCACUCACGGUUGUUGACCCUCCGUUUCGGGCGCCACAUCUCACGAUAUCUCGUGGGAGCUACGCGAGGGGUGACGUCAUAAGAGCCAACUGCUCUGUUGACGAGGCGUACCCAGCUCCCAACAUAACAUGGCUUCUGGAUGAAAACAAAAUUGCGGAGACAGUGUCCUGGCGAUCACCAGAUUUGGAUUUCAAGGAGCGCGGGGCCUUCAGCCAAAUUGAGAUCUCCAUCAUGGAGGCUGAGCACUACAAGAUGGGACUGACCUAUACCAGCGCCAGUCUCAACAGGGUCUACCAGGAUCACUACGUCUAUGAUAACGCGGAUAUGGAGGAAAAAGAUAUUCUCAGGUACACACUGACGCCACCUACAGAUGGGCAGUUUUCACUGUGCUGCGUUGCGACUAUCUACGAUAUCUACGCUCGGAAGAGCGACCCUGUCUUCAUCAAGGAAGACGCCCCUCAUCCAGCAUCAGUGACUCGGGAAGAUUCUUCUGGUACUAUCAGAAGCUCAAGCCUCAUCGUGACUCUUGUCUGCCUAUCCAUUUUAUUAACGUUAUGA